AUGAAGUCGUCCGUUUUCUGGGGCGCAAGCCUCACGUCGGCUGUUGUCCGGGCCAUUGACCUCCCCUUCCAGUUUUAUCCCAACUGUGUCGAUGACCUCCUCUCUACGAACCAAGUCUGCAACACCACUCUUUCACCUCCUGAAAGAGCUGCCGCCCUCGUUGCCGCCCUGACCCCGGAGGAGAAACUUCAAAACAUUGUUAGCAAGUCAUUGGGGGCACCUCGGAUUGGGCUUCCUGCUUACAACUGGUGGAGCGAGGCUCUUCAUGGCGUGGCCUACGCACCUGGCACUCAGUUCUGGCAGGGCGAUGGCCCCUUCAACUCUUCCACCUCCUUCCCCAUGCCCCUGCUCAUGGCGGCCACCUUUGACGAUGAGCUGCUCGAGAAGAUUGCCGAAGUCAUCGGCAUCGAAGGUCGAGCCUUUGGCAACGCUGGCUUCUCGGGCCUCGACUACUGGACACCCAAUGUCAACCCCUUCAAAGACCCCCGCUGGGGUCGGGGAUCGGAAACACCAGGAGAGGAUGUCCUGUUGGUCAAGCGCUAUGCUGCAGCCAUGAUCAAAGGCCUGGAGGGCCCCGUGCCGGAAAAAGAGCGAAGAGUGGUUGCAACCUGCAAACAUUACGCAGCCAACGACUUUGAGGACUGGAACGGUGCUACCAGGCAUAACUUCAAUGCGAAGAUUUCGUUGCAGGAUAUGGCCGAGUAUUACUUCAUGCCGUUCCAGCAGUGUGUUCGGGACUCGAGAGUGGGCUCCAUCAUGUGUGCCUACAACGCGGUCAACGGCGUGCCGUCGUGUGCGAGCCCUUAUCUGCUGCAGACAAUCUUGAGGGAGCACUGGAACUGGACAGAGCAUAACAACUACAUUACUAGCGAUUGCGAGGCUGUUUUGGAUGUUUCUCUGAAUCACAAAUAUGCGGCCACCAACGCGGAGGGCACGGCGAUCUCAUUUGAAGCGGGCAUGGAUACAAGCUGCGAGUAUGAGGGCUCUUCCGACAUCCCGGGGGCGUGGUCCCAAGGCCUCCUGAAGGAAUCCACUGUUGACCGCGCGCUUCUCCGAUUAUACGAAGGGAUAGUCAGAGCAGGUUACUUUGACGGAAAGCAGUCUUUGUAUUCCUCCCUCGGCUGGGCAGACGUCAACAACCCCUCCGCCCAAAAACUAUCCCUCCAAGCUGCAGUCGAUGGCACCGUCCUCCUCAAAAACGACGGGGCACUCCCGUUGUCUGACCUCCUCGACAAGAGCCGCCCCAAAAAAGUCGCCAUGAUCGGCUUCUGGUCCGACGCCAAAGACAAGCUUCGGGGAGGGUACUCCGGCACGGCAGCCUACCUCCACACCCCAGCCUACGCCGCCUCUCAGCUCGGCAUCCCCUUUUCCACCGCCUCUGGUCCCAUCCUCCACUCUGACCUCGCCUCCAACCAAUCCUGGACUGACAAUGCGAUGGCCGCGGCAAAAGACGCGGAUUACAUCCUCUAUUUCGGGGGGAUCGACACCUCCGCGGCGGGUGAGACAAAAGAUCGGUAUGACCUCGACUGGCCAGGGGCUCAACUAUCUCUCAUCAACCUCUUGACCACCCUCAGCAAACCUCUGAUCGUCCUCCAAAUGGGCGACCAACUAGACAACACACCUUUGCUAUCCAACCCCAAAAUCAACGCCAUCCUCUGGGCCAACUGGCCAGGCCAAGACGGCGGGACGGCAGUGAUGGAGUUGGUCACGGGGCUAAAGUCCCCCGCAGGAAGGCUGCCAGUGACGCAGUAUCCGAGCAACUUCACCGAGCUGGUCCCCAUGACGGACAUGGCGCUCCGGCCAUCAGCGGGUAAUAGCCAGCUUGGGAGGACGUACAGGUGGUACAAGACCCCUGUGCAGGCCUUCGGUUUCGGGCUGCACUACACGACCUUCUCGCCCAAGUUUGGCAAGAAGUUUCCGGCGGUUAUUGAUGUUGAUGAGGUUCUGAAGGGGUGUGAUGACAAAUAUCUUGACACCUGCCCGCUGCCGGACUUGCCGGUCGUGGUGGAGAACAGGGGGAAUCGGACGUCGGAUUAUGUCGCUUUGGUGUUUGUAUCAGCGCCGGGGGUUGGGCCGGGGCCGUGGCCGAUCAAGACUUUGGGGGCGUUUACGAGGUUGAGGGGGGUAAAGGGUGGGGAGAAGAGGGAGGGGGGGCUGAAAUGGAAUUUGGGGAAUUUGGCGAGACAUGAUGAGGAGGGGAAUACGGUUGUUUAUCCGGGGAAGUAUGAGGUUUUGUUGGAUGAGCCGACGAAGGCGAGGUUGAGGUUUGAGGUUGUGAGGGGUGGAAAGGGUAAAGGGAAGGUGAAAGGGAAGGGGAAGGCGGCGGAGAAGGGGGGUGUGGUGUUGGAUCGGUGGCCCAAGCCUCCUAAGGGACAGGAGCCCCCUGCGAUUUAG